GCGGGUGGCACCCGUUGCACCGGUGCCAUUCGCCGUGACCAGCUGGCGUACCCGACCGUGGGCGUUGGAUCACGCGAAGAGCAACUCUCUUUUUUGCGUCGAUCGACUCAUGCCGACGACCGAGUCGCCGGCCCCGCUCGCCGAGAAGCGCGGCACGUUCGAGUUCAAGUACAAGUCCGGGCCGUUCUCGUCCUGGGCGCUCGUCUAUGCCAAGCUCGAGGGCCGAUGGCUGGCCUUGUACAAGAAGGAAGACACCAACGUGCGGUCCGCCGCCAUUGAGAUUGGCGCCGGCGUCGCCUUCAAAAACCUCGCCGACCUCGAGAACUUUCCGCGGCGCUUUGACCUCGUGUGCUCGGGCGGCAUUCUGCCGACGCUCGAGUGGUCGUUCCGCUUCUCGUCCAAGCGCGAGCGCGAUGGCUGGGUCAACGCGCUCUCGCACAACAUUACGACGCUCUCGAGCUUCGAGUCGGAGGUGUUCGCGCGUUUUCACGAAUUCGAAGAGGCGCGGGACGCUCUGGAGGCGCACGUGCCGCAGCUCAAGCGGCCGCUGUCGGCCAAGGUGAGCAAGGCCAAGCCGAUGUUGCACGCGCUCUCGUUCAGCGGCGAAGAUGCGAUGAAGACGCUCGUCGAGCUCGAGUACGCGUCGACGUUGAUCGAAGGCCACCGGAUUCUCGAGCGUCUCCUCGCGAUGAAUUUGAUCCACCACAUUUUGUGGAGUCAUGACUUUAGCCAGCACGAGCUCUACUGCUUUACGCACAACCAAAAGACGCACGUCGUCAUCGACGCGUACAACUCGCUCUUGGAAACCAACAAAUUUUGGAUCAAUUUUGCCGGCGGCCACGACCGGUCGGCGUCGUCGGCCACGUUUGCGUCGGGCAACACGCGCGCGCAGAGCAUCCGGUCGACGCACUCGGGCGACGAAGCGCGCGCGACGAUGCACUCGAUGGUCUCCGGGCACUCGGACGAACAGUCGUCGGUCGGCUCGUCGGUCGCGUCUUCGUUCACAACGCGCGAAAUCACGCUCCUGCCGCAGACCGAGUGGACCAACCCGGAUCCGAUCAAGAAAUGCGAGCGCUGCGAGAGAGGCUUCUCGGCGCUCCGGCGCAAGCACCACUGCCGUGUCUGCGGUGGCGUCGUCUGCGGCACGUGCGGCGCGUACACCAACCUCCUCAUCGGCGGCGGCAUGGUCAACGUCCGCGUCUGCGGCGCCUGCCGCGACUCGCCGCGGCGCACCGACUCCAAGACUGCAUCGUUCACGUCGGUGGCCUCGUCGUGGAUCCCGACGGCGUCGUCGUCGUCGUCGCUCUCGUCGUGCAUGGACUGCGACGACCUCUGCGCACCGACGACGAUCACGACGUACCCGCUCGACUUUCACUGGAGCCAUCCGUGGCCCAAAGCCCCACUCUGCGCGCACGAAGACCUGCGCCUGACUGCGCUGGCGGCCACGGGUGUCAUUACCGCGCCCACCGAAGCGCUCUUUGACCACCUUUGCUCGAUGGCGGCCACAGCCUCCAAGUGCGCGGUGGCCGUCCUAGGGUUUGUCGACGCCGAUGCGCUGCACAUUGUCAACGAACACGGCUUGCCGUCGACGCUACCUCGGGUGGUGCCCCGCGAUGUCGCGUUCGCAGCUCAUGCCAUCAUGUCGCCGAACCCGCUCAUCUGCCGUGAUGUGGCCACGGACCUCCGCUUCUGCCGCAACCACACGAUGCGGGACGAGUGGGGCAUCGGCUUUUACGCGUCGUGCCCACUUGUCCUUGGCUCGGGCGACAUUAUCGGCGUCCUGGAAGUCUACGACGGCGAAGCGCGCGGCCGGUGCGCCUGCGUCGGCGACCGCCUUGACCGCAUCGCCAAGCUCAUUGUCAAGCGGCUCGAAGAGAUGGCGUUGACGCCAACCCCCGAAGCAGUGGCGCCGGCCGCGCCCGCGCCAUCGACGAUGGAGACGAAGCUCAUGGAACUGCUGCAGCAGACUACCGGCACGCAGCAGCAGCUGCAACAACAGCAGGGCCAAAUGGUCAACACACUCGGGAGCCACUCCAAGCAGAUCGACAAGCUCACCGAGCAGCUGCGACGGAUCGAGGCGUCGCUCGAUGCCAAGGCGGCGCGGGAGGCCGCCACCGACGACACCAAGUCGUCCUAAACUGUAGCCGAUAAACAACACCGACUGUACGUUAUUAGUAAUUAUUACCCCGUCGUCGUCUCUCUUAUUGGUACGAUGCAACGCUGCAAUGUCAA